AGUACUCGAAAAAUCAAAACAAGGUCUUUUGGCAUAACAAAACGAAAGAAGCACAAGAAAAAGAAAAGGAAAAAGAAGCGAGAGACAGAAAGGUUUUGCUGAAGAGAACGCGAAAGAUGGAGACGCGAUCGAGGGGAGGGCAUCUUCGUUAUGAUCUGCGCCCAAAAUUUUCAUGGAAAUCUCAGACAAAAACUACAGCUAGCAAUGUUUCCCGGCCACGUAAGAACCCAAGCUUACUAACGGACUCCAUGGUGAAUAUAAAGUUAUGAAGUAUAUACUUGUUCGAGAUCGCAAGCCUGGGUCAUCUGAAUCAUUAGACGUGGAAUUAGCAAAGAAGGAAAUUAUAGAGGCCCAUUUGAAACGUAUGCGUGUUUUUGCCAACCGAGCCUUGAGACUCCAUCGCUCAUCAGGGGGUAAAAUUUAUGAAGUUGUCGACAUUCAUGGCCACGGACACGGGAUAUUUUCGCAUGGUGCUGUCCGCCAUCUAAACUUUGCAGCUAAGAGAAAAGGUGAUCCUAAUGCCCCAGUGGAGGUAUUCUUUGCUGAAUUCAUCAGCACUCGGUAUGAGAAAGAUCGUGCUAAUAUCUGCCGACCUUUGGGGCUUAGUGCUCAACUAUUGCAAAAAUGUAAUGAAACCAACGGUUGUCAGUUUUGCUACCUCAAGGGUGUUUCUCAUCCUCCAAGAGGGGAAUUUGCUGCCGAAAUUGAAGAUGUACGUUGAAGCGAUGCUCCUAAUUGUCAUGUCUAUUGAUCUGAGAAAGCCAUCUGUGACUAGACUCAAUUCAUAGUGUUACAUAGUUAUAUACUUAUUAGCCUUUUAGUUGUGUCUGAAUAUCUAAAAUUCUACUCCAUAUUGUAUUUGUAUUGUGUUUUCAAAUUUCAAUGUGGAGUGGUGUGUGAUUUUAUGGGCUUCUUUUUCCCCUUGAUCGUUCAAAUCUAAGGCGCUAUAAUGUCUUGUGACUUUAAUCAUCUUAUCUAAUGUUCUCUUUUGUGCCAGUUGAAAGAUUACUA